AUGCUGGUGUCUCGGCUAAGCCCCAUGUGUGCAGGUCCGCGGGUGUCUCUGCUCCAGAGGAGCCCCUCCUCCCCAGUGGUGUGCCAUGCUACAGGCUUCUACCCUGACAGGGUGGUGGUGUUCUGGAGGAGAGACGGCCAGGAGCUCCAUGAGCAGGUGGACCCCGGGGAGGUCCUCCCCAACCACGACGGGACCUUCCAGGUCAGCGUGGACCUGAACCUCACGGCCGUCCCACAGGAGGACUGGGGGAGGUACGAGUGUGUGGUCCAGCUGAAAGGCAUCGAGGACAUCCCCACCCCCCUGGACCCCGCCCUCAUCAGGACCAACUGGGGGGACAAGGGAGACAUCCUUGUUUUCAUCCUUCGAAGUGUUGCUUGUGUUGCUGUUGCUGCUGCUACUGCUGUUGUUGGAGUCUUUGCGUACAAGAAGAGGGACAGUUCUGACACCAGCUCUGAGGGGCAGAGUCCGGCUCCUGAGGCCCGACCUCUGACCACAGUCAGUACUUUACCACUCUACAAUACUUAUUCAGAGUAAUAUGUUUACAGUUAU